ACAACAGCUGUGUUUGCUGCUGGUUGGCAGUUUAUAAUGUAUUUGUUUUUUUUCUCAAUAACGAAUUCCAGCACUAAAAUUGUACAUUUGUGUAAUUACUUUGUUUUAAGCAGCGCAUUUCAUUAAAAUUAAGUUGGAUAAUGUACACAUUAUUACAUGGCUUCUACAAAUACCUCACACAAAAGGAGGAGUACUGUGUAGUUAUAUUAGGACUUGACAACGCUGGAAAAACGACCUAUUUGGAAGCAGCUAAAACUAAAUUUACCAAAAACUACAAAGGCAUGAAUCCAGCGAAAAUCACCACAACAGUUGGCUUGAAUAUUGGCACUAUUGAUGUGUCGGGUGUGCGACUGAACUUCUGGGAUUUGGGCGGACAGCAAGAGUUACAAUCCCUAUGGGAUAAAUACUACCAGGAAUCACACGGUGUGAUUUAUGUGAUAGACUCAAAUGAUCGUGAGCGUAUGGACGAGUCAAAGGACAUUUUUGAUAAAAUGAUUAAAAACGAAUUGCUCUCCGGAGUGCCACUACUGAUUCUAGCUAAUAAGCAAGAUCUGCCCGAUGUGAUGGGCGUACGUGACAUAAAGCCAGUAUUUCAACAAUCUGGAGCGCUGAUAGGACGACGCGAUUGUCUGACAAUGCCAGUGUCGGCGCUUACGGGCGAAGGUGUCAAUGAGGGCAUUAAAUGGUUGGUUGAAGCUAUUAAAAGACAUUCCAUCGUGCGUCCGCCGCGAGAGAACGAUUGAUCAUGUUAAUGGGCAUAUUUUAUAAUGUACAAUGUAUUCACUUUUAAUUUAUAUUCUUUCAAUCAACACACAAUGCGUGACUGGAGCAAGUUUUGUAUGUAAACAACAUAAAUAUUUCAUAGUAUAUACAUAAUAUAUGAUAUUAAUUACUUAUUGAUUUCGUAUUUAACUAACUUUUAAAAACAACCAUAAGAAAACGGUUUUGACAAAUGAACGUUUCAUUUAAUAAAUUGGAAAUAUUUUAAAAAGUUGUAGUUAAUCAAA